AUGUCUUCCAACCCAGAAGGCGCUGCUUCACCCAGGAUCGAUGAAGAUCAAGGAAUCGUGCUCGAGAGCCCAUACCUUGCUGUUAGAAACCCAUCUGGUUCAUCUUUGCGACCGCGCUUUGAAGACGGUGGAGCAGUGGUGGCAGAAUCGUUUGGUCGACGACUUGAUCUCAGGAGUCCCGACGGAUCUGUCUCAGUGGCCCACCAAGAAGAGACCUCUGUAAUCAGUCGCUCGGAUCCCACCACCGGCCAGGUCGACUAUCAACUUGACACGAGAUCUUCUCUCUCUGCAUCAAGUCGCUCAGACCCGUCUCGCGGAAGUGGCAGCGAACGAGCGGAAAGCACAGAAGUGCAUGAAGCUACUAGAUUGGUUGUCGCUACGACCAAUAUUCCAGUCUACAAUCACGGCAGCGGCGUUGUGAAUACCAAUAACUGGCAUAGCGGCAACACGACGACGACGAUUGUCAAGAAUGUCGUCACGAAUAACCAUUACUACGGGCCACCACCACCACCUCCGCCUCCUCCGCCACAGAGUUCGCCACCAGUCGCAUCUCAACAGACCCAAAAUGAAUCAAACGCAUGCCCCACCACGCAGAAUGAGGUUCGGGGCUCCGAUUCGGAGAGAACACAAGAUUCCGAAAAGCCUGCAUUAGAUCCAACACAGCCAGACCCUCUUGUCUCGUCCUCAGGUAGCAUCAAGGGAUUUUUCAAGGAUUUCUUGUCGUCUAGAUCGUCUCGCUCAACUCGCGAAGGGCGCGACACCCACCUCUAUCUCCAAGAAUUCGACAACAAGAGAGCCCCGAAGUUCAUCGACAAAUGGGUCGAACACUACGUUCGAGGCUCAGAUAUUGCGUCUUCUUUAUCCAGCCUGACAAUCCCUCUUUUUGUGCCAUACCACCCGCCAAGCGACAAAUAUCCGUCUGGCCAAUCGUUGACGUUUCCUACUAUUGGCGAUGUUGGAUUUCUAGACGAGCAAGGAGGUUCCACAACCUUAUUCAACGUACGCUACUCCAAGAAGGUCAACCAAGAACUCUGCUUUAAUCCUCCAGAGAGUUUCGAGCCAGUCCCAGAUGGUGUACUUGAAGGAAAAACUAUCGAGCAUUACAGGACCUACUAUCUGGACAAAAGUUUUGAACUCGUCAACGGGAGUGACCAAGAUUCAGAGUCUUCAACAUACUUUGGGCUUACAAAAUCUUCCCAAACUGGGGCCAUCCUCUUCACGCCCGAUGGGUCCUUGCAGCGCUUUUUCAAGGAUCCGACCCGACAAAACGCCAUUGUCCAAGAGUAUUGGUCGGCACAAGUCAUCGAAUGGUAUCGCCAUCUCCGCAACAACCUGGGAUAUUCUACCAUGGGAAACGGCAAGCUUCUCCUUAUCUCAGGCGCCUAUCUAGUGAAGACAUGGGGUGUAGCAAGCUUUCACGCACAUCAAAAGAUGAAUGUGCCCUUCAUAAUCGAACUGAAAGAAGUGAAAGACGGUUAUCCACGUUAUCAGUGGGUUACUGCAAAGAACAUGCACUACGCGAGUGGACCAAAUAACGAACACCCCCAUCACGCCGACCUCGACCAUCUGGAUAGAGACUACAACGGGUGCAUCGGAGUAGAAGUCCUCUCCAUCACUUGCGACAAGGAGACGUGA